AUGUCUUCCAUAGAUAACAGACCUUUGCCGUUUAUAUACCAGUUCACAGCGGGCGCCAUUGCUGGCGUCUCGGAGCUAUUGGUUAUGUACCCAUUGGACGUGGUAAAGACAAGAAUGCAAUUGCAAGUUACCACUAAAAGCAGCCCUGUAGUAGAUGCAGUGAAGGUAGCAGCAGAUCAUUACACGGGUGUGAUGGAUUGUUUGACAAAAAUUGUCAAGAAGGAAGGGUUUUCACAUCUGUACAAGGGUAUCACGUCGCCUAUAUUAAUGGAAGCUCCAAAGAGAGCAAUCAAGUUCUCGGGGAAUGAUACGUUCCAACUGUUUUACAAAAAGAUUUUCCCCACACCCAAUGGAGAGAUGACUCAAAAAAUCGCCAUAUGCAGCGGUGCAUCGGCCGGUGCCGUGGAAGCCUUUAUAGUUGCGCCUUUUGAAUUGGUAAAGAUUAGGCUGCAGGAUGUAAAUUCUCCGUUUAAGACACCCAUUGAGGUGGUAAAGAACAGUGUGGCUAAGGGUGGUGUCUUGUCACUUUUCAACGGGUUAGAAGCCACCAUCUGGAGACAUGUCCUUUGGAAUGCCGGUUAUUUCGGUAUCAUAUUUCAGGUGCGGAAGCUUUUGCCGGCGGCUAAGACGAACACGGAAAAGACAAGAAAUGAUUUGAUCGCAGGUGCUAUCGGUGGCACUGUCGGGUGCUUGUUGAAUACACCAUUUGAUGUGGUGAAGUCAAGAAUCCAAAGAAGCUCAGGGCCUCUUAGAAAGUAUAACUGGUCCCUGUCUUCGGUGCUUUUAGUGUAUCGUGAGGAAGGAUUCAAAGCUCUGUAUAAGGGGUUCGUACCAAAGGUUAUGAGACUGGCUCCUGGUGGUGGGUUAUUGUUGGUAGUAUUCACCAAUGUCAUGGACUUCUUUAGAGAAGUCAAGUACGGAAAGAACUGA